UUGUUUAAUGUCUUAAAUGAGAAAAAAUACUGCAAAGUAAAGAACUUGUGAUUUUUAAACUUAAAUUUUUUUUUAAUUCAACUUUGAAACAUUUUUGGGCCCCUGACAGCUGUGGGCCCUUAGGAUCUUCCUAAUCUUUCACCGCGUUACGGCGCCCCUGAGUGAGUGACACACACCGUACCUGCAGGCUCCUGAGCCGCUAAAAACGGCAUAAUGUGCACGUGUGGUGCGCUAAACACACACGCGCAGCUUGCCCUUGUUUGCUGUGAGACUGAGUUGGGUGUGUGUGUGUGGGGGGGGGGCUGCACCUCUCCGAUUGCUGUGGUAGGGACAACUAUUACAUUAAAUGAUGGGACCUGUAAAUAAAUAGUUUAGAAAUAGAUAGAAAUAAGUUUCUCAGGCCGAUAAAUAUGAAUGAACCUCUCUGAGGACACGUUGCUAGUGUACACACUCAUACAGCACCGCUUGACAGGACUAAAUAAAUAUUAUGCAACAUUUUGUGACCGUCACUAAAACACAUAUGUUUAUAUGUUUUUUAUUUAUGUUAUGAAUGCCACAGUACAAUUCAGUAUUUGCAAGAUAUUGGUUGGGUAUUUGGGUCUGUAUUGGUUAGGCUUAAAUGAGUUAAACCUCAGCCCUUUGGGUCAUAAACUAUGAGCAAGUGUCUUGGCCUUUUUAUACCGGGAGUUGUUUUUGUCAUCAUCUUGUUGCUUUCUUUUUCUUUUUGCCCUGAUUGUGCCCUGAGCAAUUUUAUGGCUGAAUAAAUAAACAAACAAAUAAAAUCAACAUUAAUUGAAAAAUCAUCUUAAAUAAUCAAGAACUCAAUUUCAGUCACAAUAAUCGUGAUUGUCAUUUUUGCCAUAAUCGAGCAGCCGUAUAAUCCGUUGUUGAAUUGUGAUCGGCAGAAGCCUUUCCGGUUCGCGCCUCACUUUUUUUACAGCAGCGGCCCAAAACGAUCUCCUAACACAUGGAUUUUCUGCUUCCUGAUCACGUGACGUGUGGCGUUCGUGGAUGAAGAUCGGCUUUAGAGCUGGGAUGUUUGUUCUCACGGUGCGGGGGCUCGUCCGACGCCAACACAGUAAAAAAAUGCAAAUGACAACUUUAGUCGACUUUAGUCGUCAUUGGCAGUGAAUGAGUUAAAUGUAUUUAUUAUGCUGACUAAUACUGCUGCUUUAUUUUCAACAAUAUGUAUAAAAUUUGAAAUUCUAAUAAAGAAAACAAAUAUUAAUAAAAUACAUUUGAAAUAAAUAAAAUUAAACUAAAGAAAAAUAACAUAUUUCACAUCAAAAACCAUCAUGUUAGGACAUGAUUUAAUACUUUAUUUUUUCUAUCUUUUAUUUUUAGUCAGGAUGCGGCUUCUUUUCCAUCAAAGUGAAGAAAAACAUGCACAUACCUGUUAUUGUUAUGUAAAUUAUUUCUUUUUUAUUAUUAAAAGAUCAAACAUUACAUUGAUCCUUGUUGACUGUUUUUCCUAGUCUGCUAACUUUCUGGGAAUAUUUAAUCCUGCGUGCAUUCAUUCAACUGGAAGCUGAAGUAGUUUCGGCUGAAAACCUCUUCACUCAUUGGUCCCGCUUCACGAUCUUCUUCCUCGUCCAACCCAACUGAAACCAGAUUUCACAGCAGACGAGGACCUGGCCUUCUCAAAGAGCUAAUCAAGGUUUUCCUUUCAGUGGGGAAGCAUCUCAUUAUGAGCUCUACAGUAACGCUGAGCCCCGAGGAGCUUGAGGCUUAAAUGGAAACACUUCUGAAGCCGUUCUAAUAAUCAUCUAAUUAAUCCUGGCUUCCAGCGGUGAACUUAACCAGUGAAGUUUAAACUAGCCCAGGUUUGGGAUUGUUAUGUGCUGGGAAAAUACAUGGGAGUAGUAAGAAAACUUAAUCAAAUAAUGCCAAAUAAAUCAUAAUUGAAGCACUUGUUUCUGAGAGCUCUACCUCUUUAUCAAGAUUAGUAUGUUCCUUCUUUAAAGGGACUUUACGGACUUUUGAAUUUUUAUGCUCGCGAUUGCCCCCUCAGACCAAAAGUGUAACGGCAGCUUCAAUAGUAGGCUCGUGCAAGAGGCACGCAUGCUGUACGUGCACACUCUUUAAUGAAAAUAACAGCUGAGACAGUCCUGUGUGUGUGUGUGUGUGUGUGUGUGUGUGUGUGGCCCGGAGGACAGGAGAACACGCAGCUAAUUAAUUAAAUAAUUUGGUUCUGUACCUUUCUCUUCAGCACAGCCGACAAAGGUUUAUGAUGGGUCAGUCCUCCUGCAUGCUCAGAUCAUUCCCUUCCCUUGCUUGAAAAAUUGUUCCAAAAUGAAAGUUGAACCCACAUCUUUUUUAUCUGUGAAUUCAAUGCCGUUCGGCGAGUCUCAAAUAAAAAUUUGGGCAUCUUACUGUAAAAAUAAUAUACCAUCAAUGUAAAAAAGAAAAUCUAAAUGAACUAUGUUCACAUCCAGAAUCAAACCCAGGUCUUCUGCAUGGGAGUCAGACAUCUUACAAGGUGAGCUACACUCUAGUAACAUUCACAGUAUCUGUAACUUUUUUAUCCUUGAUGACAGCUGAAACAACGAUCAAAGAACGGUUCGGAGCGAAAAUGGCUAUUUUGUUGCUAAUUUGCAGGAAAUAUCUAGAAGAAAGUUCUACAGAAAGUAGCUAAGGCUCCUCAGAAAUGUAGCUAGCUUUGUCACUAGGCGUUAGGAACAGCGACAAAGUCGCUGAGUUGGCACUACCUCUCUCUCUGCUGCUAAAGCUACGGAUAGCAAAUGCUACGGGCUAUGCCUGAGCGUGAACGCGCAUGAAGCAGCCUGCUCGACCCGAGCAUCUCUCUUUUUCUGUGGUUUUACAGAAAAACAGGCAAUCACAGUAAAAAUGCCAGGGCUCAUUCUACAGGACCAGGGCAUUGCAGGAGAAUGUAUGAAGAAGACAUUUAUUAUUUCUAUACAUGAUUUGGCUGUCAAACUUCCAUAAUGCCCCUUUAAACAAAAAAAUUCAACAAUGAACGUCCUCUGCCCCCUGGUGGAAAACCUAGGAACCACAGCUGAUGGGUGCCAAUAAUAAUAGUAAUUUUAAUAAAAAAUAUAUUUUUAUGACUCUAAGUUCCAGAAACAGACUUAAUUCUGGUGCCAUGACUAAUAAUGAAAUAAAGAGCUCUAGCAGCAGUUUGGUGCAGUAUUCCGUGUGCAGCAUGGACAUGGGUCGGUUUUACUGGAGCGUGUGUAAUGCUAAGAAAACAAGCAUUUACAACCAUACAGGCUGGCAAAGAGCCUGGGGAUAAAAGAUGGUGUCAGAGAGGCAUCUGAGGCCAGAGCUCGUCUUACAGCAAUCUCUGUAAAAGGGGGAAAAAACAGGUCAUCUGGUGUCUAAUUCAGUGAUUGACGUCUCAGUGGAUUCUUGGAGAUCUUUAUUAGUUGAGAGUCCUCCUCGACUAAUGCCAAAAGCCAAGAUGUCAUUGAGGGUCUUGAAUGGUGCAAAGACUCAUGAAUGAAUUGAGACAAAUUUGAAAAAUGGUGGAAAACAUGAACCUCGUUUAAAAAUCUCAGAUAAAACUCAUCAAACAAAACAAGCUGAUCAAGUGAAGCUCAUCUAUCGGAAUAAAGGGAAGUUUUGUCAGUAAAGGUACUAUGAGUGUUGCAGCUAAUUCCUGGGGUUCCUGUGACAUUUAGCUAAUGAAGCGAGCUCCCAGCAUGAGCAGCACCAUGUUGAUCUCCUUUAUAGACUAAUUGUUUCUAUGAGGAGCCUCACAAAGCUUCUUGUUUUUAUCAGCAUAGCUGUUGCUCAGUAAACUUUGUUAGCGUGUUAGCGAGUUAGCAUUUAGUAACAGUAACUCUCUUUCAGGGUACCGGCAGCCCUUCGGGUGGAUGAGGACACUCUGGCUGAAUGAUGGAGGCCCGGCCGACAGCGGCCCGGAUCCUGAUUCUGAUGAUCGUCUUCAGUCGGUUAAAAACUGUUCGGUCACGAGACUUCACCAUCAAAGACAUCAUUCAUCUGCAUCCUUCAAGUUUAGAAGAACAAGUCGGCCGACAUGAACACCGUCUGUCUUCCACAGCCACGCCUCAUCCGGGUGGAUUCAAGUGCUUCACAUGCCAAGAUGCUGCUGAUAACUACGAGUGCAACCGCUGGGCGCCGGAUAUUUACUGCCUUAACGACACCAGAUACUGCUACACGCUCCACAUGAUGGACCACAGUGGAGACAGCGUCUCUGUAACCAAACGCUGCGCCACGCUGGAGAGCUGUCGCUUCACCGGCUGCGUUAACAUCUCUCACAACGGUUUUCAGGUGUGCACGUCCUGCUGCGAGGGGAACAUCUGCAACAUUCUGGUGCCAAGAAAUGACAGCAGCGCCGUCUUCUCCUCCACCUCUCCUCUGGUCAGCUCAGACAGGAGGCUCCGCCCUUUUGUGCUGCUUUAUUUCAUCAUCAGUAGCAGCUACACAGCUGGGUGCAACUGAGAGGAAGUCUGAUGAUGUCACUGAAUUACUGAUCAUUAUGUUGGUCAGUUUCAAGCGAUGGUUUCAAAUGACCAUUAUAGGGUUUCUUUAAAGCAGAAAUCUGGAAUUUUUAUGUCAGAGGGCACCACCUAGAGGCGGGGAAAUAUGUUGCACUUCAAAGGCUUUCUCCCUACCAUCGUGAUUAUGGCUGGAAGGAAUGCCUCACGUUGUCUUGAUUUUAAAAAAAUUUAUUUGCAAAUUAUGGUGGAAAAUAGGUAUUUGCUUAAUAGGGAUUUAAGAAAAUAUCAAUGUGGCAACAUAUAUUUUUUCAACGAUAUUGAUAUUCAAAAACCGUGUAUCGAAAAUACUGAUAUUGCAAUAUAUCAAGAUAUUUGUUCCUGCGAUGUAUCGAUAGUCAAAAGCCUUGUAUUUAAUUCUUGGAAGAAUUUCCAUGCAAACGUGUGUUUUUUCUUUUCUUUUGGUGCAAUUCAAAUGCCGACCGCUAGUUGGCAGCAGUGUGCCGUGAGUUUUGUUUCCACCACUGAAAUGUAAAUCCCUCUUAUGGUUCAGAUACCUCAUGUUGAACAUGUUAAGUAUCAGUUUGGACUGUUUACUGAAUUUUCCUACAAUAAAUUCAGUCUAGAGCUGCACGAUAUUAGGAAAACCUGCGAUUUUCGAUAAUGACUACUAUUGCGAUGACGAUAUUACUUGCGAUAAAGAAAAACUUUACUCAGGAACAAAAAUGAUCAAAAACAAAGAAGAAAAUAAUCAUAAAAAUGAGAAAAGCUAAAGAUGUGAGGAAAGGGAAAAAGAAAAUGAACAAGAAAAGGUAAUCAGUGGAUCCCAGGAAAAGCAGAAUCAGCAGAAAGAGCAGAACAAAGCUAACUCAGGUGUUUGCUAACCAUCAAAAUUAAGUGCCGUCUGCCUCGGGGGCGGGCAUCUGACCUAUGAGAACCCACCCAAUUGGCUAAAUGGUUGAAGAGCUCUGUUUGAUGUUAAAAAAGGCAAAAUGCUUCCAUCUGAUUGACAGAAUGCAUUAUAUGUAGCAAACAUUUGUGCUGACCAUUCAUCGCAAUUUUUGUUCUUUGCGAUAUGGAUAUUGUGCAUGCUGAUAUCGCGAUAACGAUAUAUUUACGAUAAAUUGUGCAGCCCAAAUUCAGUCUAAAAAAUUCGCUAAUAUCGUCUGACUGAAUGUAUCGCGUAUCGUCUCCCCUGUAUCGUGAUAUGUAUCGUAUCGCCAUAUUUUCACCAAUACACAUCCCUAUUGGUUAGUAAUUAAAGUCCAUACUCUUUAGUAGCAAUAGUCUUAACAUAACUGUCACACUGUAGCUGGUAUUUUGGCCCAUUCCUCCUUGAGUGGCGAUGUUUUGGAGCGGUCGCUGGGCAACACGAACUUUCAACUCCCUCCAGACUUUCUAUGGGGUUGAAAUGUGGAAACUGGCUGGGCCAGUCCAGGACCUUGAAAUGCUUCUUACGAAGCUCUUCUUCGUUACCCGGGUGAUGUGUUUGAGAUAACCGUCAUGCUGAAAGACCCAGCCACGUUUCAUAUUCAAUGCCCUUGCUGACUGAAGGUUUUCACUUAAAAUCUGACAAUACAUGGCCCCAUUCAUUCGUUCCUUUACAAGGAUCAGCCAUCUAGGUCCCUUUGCAGAAAAACAGCCCCAAAGCCUGAUGUUUCCACCCCCGUGCUUUACAGUAGGUAUGAUGUUCUUUAGGUGCAACUCAGCAUUCUUUCUCCUCCAAACAUGACAAGUACAGUUUUUACCAAAAAGUUCUGUUCUGGUUUCAUCUGAACAUAUGACAUUCUCCUGAUCCUCUUCUGGAUCAUCCAAAUGCGCUCUAUCAAGCUGCACGUGUACUGGCCUAGGCAGGGGGACACGUCUGGCACUGCAGGAUUUGAGUCCCUGGCAGGGUCGUGUAGUUCUGGGAUUUUUGCUCACUGGUCUUGUGAUCAUGUUGACCCCACGGGGUGAGAUCUUGCGUGUAGCCCCUGAUCAAUGGGGAGAUCAUAACGAGAUCUUGUAUCUCUUCCACUUUCUAAUAUUUGCUCCCACUGUUGAUUUCUUCACACUAAGCUUCUUACCUACAGCAGAUUCAUUCAUCCCAGCCUGGUGCAGGUCUAGUUUUGUUUCUGGUGUGUUUUGACAGCUCUUUGGUCUUGGCCAUAGUGGAGUUUGGAGUUUGACUGAGGUUGUGGACAGGUGUCUUUUAUACUGAUAGGUGCCAUUAAAGUGGAGGACAGAGGAGCCUCUUACUGAAGAAGAUACAGGUCUGUAUCGCUCGUUGUUAUUGACCAAAUACUUAUUUUGCAUCAUAAUUUGCGAAUGAAUUCCUUAAAAAAAAUCAGACAAUGUGGUUUUCUGGAUUUUUUUGUCUCAUAGACUAGUUGAGGUAUACCUAUGAUGACAGUUAUAAGCCUCUCAUCUUUUUAAGUGGGGUAACCUGCACAAUUGGUGGCUGGCUGACUUUGUCCCACUCCAUAUCUGUACUUCCUGUUUUGUACUAUAACUGCUACAUGUAGCAUCUGAGCUGUCGCCAUAAAUCCAUCAAGUCGUCUCCUUCAGCAAGCAAGAUUUUUUGAUAAUUGUAUUUGAUAAUUUAUUCAUAUUUGAAUUGUAAAACAUUGAAGUUAUUUGUUUUUACUAAAAUUUUGUACAAUGAACCCAAUCAUGUGUAUGUGUCCAGUGGUUACACUGACUGCCAGGAGAGGAUCAGCAGCUCCAAAUCCUGGGCCUCUCUGAAAAAAAUGUUGAUUUUGUGGCCAUCUAGCAGCCGUUCAGAUUCACUGCACAUCAGUUAAAGCAUUUCCCCUCAGAUCGGUGGCUCCCAAAUGUUUAUUAGACGUUUUAAGGCUUAAGAUGUCAGACAGUCCAUCCAAAUUCUGGGAAGUAUCGCUUUAGAAAUAAAGAACAUAUCAAUAAUUCAA